UUCUAUCACAAUGCGCUCUUCAUCAAUCAUUCCAUAGUGGCUGUAAAUCAUCGCUUGCGUUGUUUAAAUACCAAACCGCAGUUGUUGCCUGCUGGUGAGAUUAAUGAGAUUUUCGGUAUAUAUAUACACUUGAUACGCUUAAUUGCGCACAUAAUGAAAGCCUAUGAACAACAUUUACUCGUCAUAAUCUCAGUGCGUUUGAGCGUAGUUGUGCAAUGUCUUUUCUUCACAUGCAUGCACUUCGGCGGUACAGGAUUUCAGGUAGAUAAAAUCGAAUUGCUACAGUUCUUGCAAAUUAUAGUGUUAACCUCCUUGGACUGUUCUCUGAUAAUUGGUGUUUGCGAAUCGAUUUGGCGCGCUCAGCAACAGACAGAAGUCGAGCUGCGAAAUUUCAACAAAUUUCGUAUUUUGCGCGUUGGUCUGGCGAGAGAUCUUAACACUUUUUCCAUAUUUUGCGCCAUACACAAGUUUCGGUUUCCACUAUGUGGCUUGUUCGAGAUAAAUUUUGCAACUGCACGCGGACUGUCUACUUCAGUGGUGACAGCGUUAAUCUGGUUGGUUCAAUAU